AUGCCAACGCGUUUUGACCCUACCAUACCCCACUUCUGUUUUCGCAUUGCAUCCCCUUCUCCUCGUCCCGCGUUUCAGUGGUUCUUGGCUCUUCAGGCCCUUCUGUGGCAGACAAUGGCGCAGAUAGUGACUUUUGAGUCGACCCAAAAGUCACCACAAUGCAUCCCUCCUCCCCGUCCCCCAUUUCAGUGUAAGGUGGCUGGCGGGGCAGGCAGAAAAGGCUACAUCCUUGCAGGGGAAGGCGCUGGGGCAACAGGGGAUAGCGUUGGUGCAGCAGGGGUAGAUGCAACGGGGGGAGGCAGUGGCAGUGUGAAGGCAGGGGGCAGCAAUCCCAAGGUUGCUCGGUUCACCAAUGAGGAUCUGCUAGAUGCCAUGGAUAUGCUGGUGAGUGACGUGGAUAUGCCGGUGAGUGACGUGGAUAUGCUGUUCGCGCGCAAGGCCAAGCGCAACGUGCCAGCAGCCCUGCAGCAGCUGAAGCACAUGGCCGCCCACUCCCUCUCCCUCUGUCCUCAUCCCUCCCUCUCCCUCCCCCUCCCUCCCCCUCCCUCCCCAUCCACCCCCCUCCCAUUCGCCCGCAAGGCCAAGCGCAACGUGCCAGCAGCUCUGCAGCAGUUACAGCACAUGGCCGCCCUCCUGCCGCCCCUCCCCUCCGCGCCCUUCUUCCCCUUCCCCUCCAGCCCCGCCCCUCCGCUUCCCCCUUCCUCCUCCUCCUCCCCAUCCUCCCCAUCCUCCCAACUCUCCACUUCGACUGCAGCAACUGGAUUGGGGCAUCAAGAACAGGAGGGGGGAGUGGGCGGGGGAGGGGCAGGGCAAGUAGGAGGGGCAGUGGCAGGGGAAGGGGGAGGGGCAGCGGCCGGGGAAGGAGCAGAUGCAAGGCAGGAGGGAAGGGGAACGGCAGAGGGUGGGGCAGUGCAGGCAGGUGGGGUUGCCGCAGGGGAUGGGGCAGUACAGGAGAGCAGCCUUCCACAAGGGAUUGCAGCUGCAGACGCUGCGUGGCGGGCUGAUGCUCUGAGAGCGCUGAAGAAAGAUGAUGAGGGGGCAGCGCAGGCAGGGGGGGUUGCGGCAGAGGGUGGGACAGUGCAGGACAGCAGCCUUCCACAAGGGAUUGCAGAUGCAGACUCUGCCUGGCGAUCCGAUGCUCUGAGAGCGCUGAAGGCAGAAGAUGGUGGGGCAGCGCAGGCAGGGACUCAGGUUGCAGCAGAUGGAGGGGCAGUGCAGGAGAGCAGCCCUCCACAAGGGAUUGCAGCUGCAGACGCUGCCUGGCGGGCCGAUGCUCUGAGAGCGCUGAAGGACGAAGACGAGGGGGAUGGGGGGAAUGAGGGAGAUGAGGGAGAUGAGGGAGAUGAGGGAUAUGAGGGAGAUGAAGAGGAGGAUGAGGGUGGGGAGAAUGAGGACGAGGAAGAGGAACGGGCAGAGAGGGGCGAAGGGGGGAGGGAGCAGGACGGGAGGGCGUCAUUGGGAUUGAGAAAGGGAGAAGUGAGUGGGGGGAGGGGGGAAGAUGAGGGGGUGAGUGAGGAGGAGGUGGUGGUGGCGAGUGAUGCUGCCUUCCUGCUGGCUGUGAUGGCUGCUACAGGGUUCGCAGGGGAGGUCUACCCGAGGAAUGAAACGCUGGCGCUGCACUACCUGCGUCUGGCAGCAGAGACCGGCUCCAUGCAGGCCAUGGCUGCUCUCGCCAGCCGCUUCCUCUAUGGUCGUGGAGUUCCCACUGACUGUGAGGCAUCACUAGCCUACUACCGCAGCACAGCAGCAGACCUGUCAGCAGCAGCAGAGGCGUCAGGCGACCAGCAGCUGCCCAAAGACCCCGUGCGUCUGAGGGACUGGUUCCGCGAUGGGGGGUUCCAGCCCCAGGCGUUCGAUGAUGACCAUGCGGAACAGGUGGAGUUUGAGCAAGACCUGGCAGAGAGGGGGGUACCAGAAUCCCUUCGACUAAUGGGAUUCCGCCACCUCAUCGGCCAGGGGAUCCCCCGCAACCCCCAGGAGGCCCUGCGCCACUUCCAAUUGGCUGCUGCUGCUGGUGAUGACGUGGCAGCCUUCAACCUCGGCUACAUGCACAUGACCGGAGCAGGCGGGGCACUUUACGGCAUUUUCGUCUCGGAGCGCAUCGGGUGGGCGGCGGAGCUAAAGGAGGCUGCGGCGGCGUACGAGGAUGGGGACUGGUGGAGCGGUUUGGUGCGGUACGGAAUGGUGGCGGAGGAGGGGAGCAAAGUUGCAGCAGAGAACGCUGCCCAGAUGCUGAUGCGCGGACAGGGGUACUCAGGUGAGUGGGAUGGGAGGAGUGAGUGGGAUUUUCAGUGGGAUGGGAUGGGAGAGUGGGAUGGGAUGGGUGAGUGGGAUGGGAUGGGAGAGUGGGAUGGGAGGGUGAGUGGGAUGGGAUGGGAGAGUGGGAUGGGAUGGGAGAGUGGGAUGGGAUGGGAGAGUGGGAUGGGAUGGGAGAGUGGGAUGGGAUGGGUGAGUGGGAUGGGAUGGGAGAGUGGGAUGGGAUGGGAGAGUGGGAUGGGAUGGGUGAGUGGGAUGAGAUGGGUGAGUGGGAUGGAUGGGGUUUUGGCCUCUGAUCGCUACUCGCUAGCGCUGGACCACGCAAUGAGGGCGGUGCACAUCGGGUCGGCACCAGCCAUGGUGGAUGCGGCGCUCCUCAUGCUCAUCCACCACUUGCCCUCGCUGCUGCCACUCCCACCGCCACCACCGAUCUCCACCAUUGAUCCACACCCUUUCGCACAGUCAAUUCCAGCCCUUGAUCCACACCUUUCUGCACAGUCAAUCCCAGCCGUUGAUCCACACGUUUCUGCACAGUCAAUCCCAGCCGUUGAUCCAAACCAUCCUGCACAGUCACUCCCAGCCGUUGAUCAGAACUCCACGGCAGCACAGGCGGUUACCGCUGCCCCUGAACCUCUCCCCUGCGACCCGCUGUCUCUGCUGCAGCGGGCAGCAGACCUGCACGAACCAGAGGCGCUUUUUCACCUCGCCUACCUCCAUAUAGUGGGCCUCGAUAACAGCACCGGCGGGUACAGUGCAGCCUCAGCCCUGUGGAGAAGCAGCAGCAGCAGCAGUGAUGGCAGCAGCAGCAACGCCACAGUUACCGUCAUAGUCCCAGUGAAUCUGACCCGAGCACACGAGCUGCUCACCUCAGCGUUGCUCUACUGCCACAACGACGAGGCUCUCCCUGUCUCCCUCGCCCUCAAUUCCCUCGCCAUUCUCCGCCUCUUCCCCCCAUCCCUGCGCUCCGUCCUCCUCCCCCUCCUCCCUCGCUACGCCAUCUCUUCCUCCACGUCAGCACCCGGUGCGAUGUCGUUCGUUAGAGCGGCCGUGUCAGCGCUGAGUCGUGCUGCGUCAGCGGUGAUGCAGUCCAUGUCAGCGGCUGCGCAGUGGUGGCUGGAUUUCGAGGACUAUUUGUUUGGGGAGCUGGAAAGCUUGCUUUACCCUGAAGAUGGUGGUGGGGCCGAGAGACAGGAGAGACACGAGACGGACGAGAGGGACGAGAGGGACGAGAGACAUGAGAGGCAUGGGGAAGGCGGGGGUAAUGGGGAAGGCGGGAGGGAUGGGCAUGGAGAUAGGGAUGGGGAUGGGCACGGGGAUGGGGAGGCUCUGUCCACGAGUGGCGGUGAGACAACUAGUGGGGCGGGUGUUGGGUUGCGGCAACGACUAGUGCAGCUGAGGGAGGAGGGGGAUACCCCCAACUAG